ACAAUCGCUUGCCACCAUCUUCCAUUCUGUCGUAGGGUAUAUAAAUUUUGAUUUAAUUUUGUUGUUGAUUAAGGAUUUUUUUGAUAGAUUAUGAGAGGAAAAGAAGUAUGCUCAUAUGGAGAUUAGAAAUUAGAUAUUAAGAGGAUGAAAGAAGGCAGAUCUGUGAACUCGUGAAGGAAGAAAAAGGCAGGAGGAGAGAGAGGGAGAGAAAGAGAAAGAGAGGAAGAGCGAAUUUUGGAGAAUCCUAAUCUCCAAACUGGUAUAGUGGUAUGGGCUUGCCCUUUGAGGAGUUUGAGGGUUUUUUUUAAAAAAAAAUAAUAAUUUAUUUUUGGGAAAUCGGGUACCCGGGUAUUAAAAAAUGCGUCCCAUUUCUCGACUCAGAUAACAUGCAAUUUUUCCGAGUCAGGUACUCGUCCCCAAAAAAUAGCUUUUUUCCCCAAAUUUUCCAUCGGGCAUUUACCGGGUAUCGGAAAACCUGGUCGGUUCAAGUUUAUUUGAACGCCCUACCAAGAACCAUCUGUAUUGAGUAUGAAAUGGCCAGCUUGAGGAGGAGCCCAGAUUCUGCUAGCUGUGUUGGAAGAGAAGCUUGGAGUAUCCACUUGGCCCUGCUUAAGUUUGAGAGUAAACAAAUAAUCCACUAGGAAGCUGUUAAAAGUCGAUUGGAUAAACAACAUUUUUUUCUCAAAAAUGGCAAUAUUUCUAGUUUUCCAAAGGUCCCAAAUAGCCACUAGAAAAAUAGUUUUCCACUUGGAGUCAUUUGAAAGAUUAAAAACAAGCCAGUCAGUAAGAGAAGUAUUAUAAAACAUGUUUAAAUCAAAAGAAGAAGAGGGAAAUUUGUUAAAAAUUAGAGACCAAAAAGCUGAAGAGUUAGGACAAUCCCUAAAAAUAUGAAUGGAGUCCUCUAAGGAUGCCUCACAUGGAAUACAAUUAUAUUGCAAGCAAAAAAAACCCAAAGCAUUCGAGCAGAAAUACACAGAGAAAAUCGUCAGAACAUUGAACAAAUUAUAGCUACAAAUGAUGGCGAAUGAUUGUUUAACUACUAUGUGAUUGUCGAACAAUCUAUGGACCGGAUCGUGAUAGUCAAACAAUAUAUGGCUUACACGCGGUAAACGUGUCAAAAAGGUCUAUCAAUCCAAUUUUCUCAUAGCUGUAGCUUAAUAUGAUAGGAAGCAUUAAUCUGUAAACCUUAUAAAAGUAGGAAGUUGGGAGCACUGUAGCUUAACAACAGUGCCCCUUAGGAACAAUAAUUUCUGGCGUUUUUACACUCCCACCCUCGACAUUAAUGUAUUGCCAAAUCUUCCCUCUUUGCAUUGACUGAGCUUACUUGCAGGAGUAGUUUUCCUUCAAUAUUAUAUUGCUUCCUUAAGCUGGUUGCUUUCUAUUUGCAUGUGGGGGCCACUAAGUUGACCAAGGGUCCAGCUAUAUGAAUUUGUACUUCAUGUUAUGAUAAUUAAAAGAAGAGAGAAGAAGAGAGUGUGAUUUGCCAGAAUUAUGGUGUCUAAUUGCGUGAUUAUGUGAGUGUUGUUGCUUCUAAUUGUUUUGUUUUGGGUUUAGCUUCUUAAUUGAAGUAUAGUAAUUUGGUCUCAGUGAUUCGGUUAGUCUUUGUGUGUUGUUAAUCUGAUUAUGCUAAUUUGAGUGCGGAUGUACCUUCUGGUACUGUUCAACUGUUUACAGUUGUUAGGUCGGUGCUCUCUUUGCUUGCAUUAUAUAUAUAUAUACACACACAUACCCAUCCAUUGCGGUGUUUAGGGAUCUUUCCUGUGUUACUGUGUGGCGUAAUUGUCUCUUUGUAAGUGUAGUUAAAUUUUUUUUAGUUUAAAAUUUUAUUUUUUGUUUAAUUUUUUUUUAAAGUAUAUAUAAAUAUAAUAAUUAUUGUUUCUUUGUAAGUGCAGCUAAUUUUUUGUUAGUAUACGAUUUUUUUUCCAGUAUAUAUAAAUAUACAAUUACUGUUGCUGCUUAGAAUUAAUUUAUGGUAUUUGUGUUGGUUAUGCUUGAAAUUGAUCUUGUAGUUGCUUAUUUUGUUCUUGGUUGCUUAUUUAGAAGCAUUAGCAUCAUAGCAUUAUUAUUGUGUUCUUUUUUGGUUGCAUGUCUGUUAUCUUUCUGGUUUCAAGGCUUUGGAAUGAUACCAAUGAUCAUUGUGAAUGAAAUUGAUCCUCUAAUUGGUUUGUUGUAUAGUUUUUUGUGACAUUGUUUCAUUUUAUUGUCAGUUCAUUAGCACAAUGCUUAUAUUAUUUGUUUUUUUUUUGGGUUUUUUCCCUCUUUUUUUUUCUCUAUGGAUAAAUACAGGUAUGGUAGAAGACUUGAGGGUGUUUUUGGUAUCGCUGGUGGGAGGUUACUAUCGAAGUGUCCUCAUCUUAUAUGGUUAUGGCUGCAAGAUCUAACAAAGUAUUCAUUCCUUUUGAGCCCCUUUUGCACAAGAUCACAGAUUGCUUGCAAUUCCCACCACCAGUUUAUGGGUUCAUGGACAGCACUCGUAAUAAUGUCUGGGUGCAAGUUGUUCGACCAAACACUCGAGCACGCUUGUUGUUUUUCGGUGGUGAUGCAAGCACGGUCCAGGAAUCUCGUGAGAGGGCAGCUCAUAAAGCUGUAAAAAAAACUAAUACUCUUGUACAGUGUUAAGGUGGAUGAUUUUACGUAUGAUCAGGUUAGGCUGCAUGAACUGUGCAUGAAGCUAUUUAGGAACAAAUGUGCUGAGCUUCUGCAAGAGAAUAACAGAAACUAUAAGCCACCUACAGGGAAUAGUUCUGUGAGUAGCUUAACUGCUGAAGGUGCUCAUGUGUCUAUUGACUAUGCACAGGUAUUAGUCAUUGUUGUGCGGAAAACUGGUGCAUCUGUGACAGUUAUUGAAACUACUUGGGUUGAAGGUCAUGGCUUUAUCUCUUGGGUUAUGAUUACUUGCCCACAUAGUGGUAAUGGGAUGGAAUGCAUUUUCAGUGAUCCUUGUAACACAGCAAGUGUUGCUGAACAGAGGGUUGUAAAGACGGUUGUCUUUUAUUUGGCUUGUAAGUACAAUCUGGAAAUUGUUGAUGCUAACUAUGGGGCUGCAACAAAGAUGAGUAGGGAUUGUUUCCUGUUAAGGGAAAAGUAUUUACUUCUAAAGGGGCAUCUAGAGCACUUAGCCAAGACUUCUCAAGAACCUGUUGCCAUGAACCCUGAAGUUUGUGAGGAAAAUGUGGUUGCAACUUGUGAUGGCUCACAAAUUCUUGACAGCUGCAGCUUGCCUGCUGUUCCGGCAAAGCGCAAAAAGCUCUUGCAGUUAGCCUACGAGAAGGAUUUAGAUGUAGGAAGCUCAGACCAAGUUGCAUCUGGGUUGCUGGAACUGGGGCGCAUGUUUGAUAGUUCUGAUCCUAAGUAGUUAUUGUAUGCCACCUUUAGCAAGUGUAUGGGGUUCUUUUGGGUUGUAUUAUGUAGGACUACAAGCAGUUGACGGUUACUUUUGCAUUGUAUGAUACUAUAUGCAGAAAGUUUUGUUCUGCUGUUGGGUUUGACUGCUUUUAAACCUGUUGUACUUUUGUUAGACAUGUAAGAAAGUAGUGCUUAGUUUAAAUGCAUGUCCUGAUCUGUUGGUAGGGUAGAAAAGAAAUAGAAUAUGUACUUAGUUUUUUAUUUUCCGAUAAUGUAAGUGGCAUGUGUAAUAUUGCUGCUUCUUUUGGUGUAAAGAGACUUUUGUUAUCAAUAUCUAUGAAAAAUCUAAUCUUCUUGUGGUAAAUUAUUGAAACUUUAUUUACUCUGCUAUUCAUUUGGAUUAUGUCUUUUGUUUGUAAAG